GUCACUUCUGGAUGUAAAUAUGCGGCUUGGUGCGGCGCUGGGAAACACAACCACUGGAAAGAUGUAAACCAACUAACCGGCAGAAACCAGGUUCAGCGAAGACACUAAACCUUCCCUCCAGGGAAACCGUACCUCUGGUCCAAUAAACGGAACUACAUCAACAGGUAGCUCGUCGGCUCGCUACCUCCGAAGUCAGCGGAGCGCCUGCCUCUAGCAGCCAUCUUUUGUGAGAGAAUGUACGGGGCGACGCGGCGGGCCUGCUCGGGCUCUGGUCGGGACCGGAGCUCGCUGAUGCUGACCACUGCGCUCCUUCUCUCGGUUAUCGGGCUGCUGUCCGGCUUGCCUGGCUUCACCGAGGCCAAGGAGUGCGAUAAGCCGUGUAUGAACGGCCAGUGUAACACCGCCACUGGCGAAUGUGUAUGUUUCCCCGGCUGGGUUGGGGACCAAUGCCAGCACUGCGGAGGGCGAUUCAGAUUGACGGGGCCCUCUGGUUAUCUGACUGACGGUCCAGGAAACUACAAAUACAAGACCAAGUGCACCUGGCUCAUUGAGGGACAGCCCAACACCAUUCUGCGAUUACAGUUCAACCACUUUGCUACUGAAUGCAGCUGGGACCACCUCUACGUGUACGAUGGCGACUCCAUCUAUGCGCCCCUUCUGGCGGCUUUCAGCGGUCUGAUUGUUCCUGAGCGAUAUGGGAACGAGACCGUCCCGGAGGUGGUGUCUCAAUCUGGCUACGCCCUGUUGCACUUCUUCAGCGAUGCUGCCUACAACCUGACCGGCUUCAACAUUUCCUACCGAGUGAACACCUGUCCUAACAACUGCUCUGGCCACGGAGAGUGUCAUGUGGGGAACUCCACUUCUUCUGUGUACUGCGAGUGCGAAAAUUACUGGAAGGGGGAAGCCUGUGACAUCCCGUACUGCCUGGCUGACUGCGGGGAACCUGAAAGAGGCAGUUGCAAGGACAAGACCUGCGUCUGUACGGCUGGGUGGCAAGGUCCUGACUGCUCCGUCUCGGUUCCUGCCAAUUCCUCUUUUUGGAGCCGAGAGGAGUACACCGAGGCCGGGCUGGCCAGGGCUUCCCACAAGGCUGUAGUUGAGCUGGGCGUCAUGUGGGUCAUCGGAGGCUACGUCUUUAAUGCCUCCGACUAUCACAUGGUCAAAGCGUAUAACGUCAGCAGCAAGACAUGGAUGAGCCUCGACCCCUCCGUCAACACUGUCACACCACGAUACGGCCACUCGCUAGCCCUGCACGAGGGUAAGAUCUACAUGUAUGGCGGAAAGAUCGAUGCUACAGGAAAUGUCUCGAGCCAGCUGUGGGUUUUCCACAUCCAGAAUCAGACCUGGGUCCUUUUAAGCCCCAGGGCCAAGGAGCAGUACGCCGUGGUGGGACACUCUGCCCACAUUGUGCCUCCUGUCCACGAGGGGGACGGUCCCGUCAUGCUAGUUCUGUUCGGGCACUGUCCUCUGUACGGUUACAUCAGCCAGGUGCAAGAGUACAACAUUGCCAAGAACACAUGGAGCAUCGUGUCCACAGAUGGUGCCCUGGUCCAGGGGGGCUAUGGCCACAGCAGUGUGUUUGACCCCAGCACCAGAGCCAUCUACAUCCACGGAGGCUACAAAGCCUUCAGCGCCAACAAGUAUGGCCUAGCAGGAGACCUUUACAAGUUUGAUGUGGGCAAGAGGAAAUGGACCAUUCUGAGAGACAGCGGCUUCUUCCGGUACCUCCACACAGCAGUGAUGGUUAGUGGGAUGAUGCUGGUGUUUGGUGGAAAUACCCACAACGACACCUCCAUGAGCCACGGCGCCAAGUGCUUCUCAUCGGACUUCUUGGCCUACAAUUUAGCGUGUGAUGAGUGGACAGUCUUACCUCGACCGGACCUGUACCACGAUGUCAACCGCUUCGGACACUCUGCAAUCUUCAGUGAUGGCGUUAUGUACGUGUUCGGUGGCUUUAACAGUCUACUGCUCCGCGAUGUCCUCACGUACACCUCGCCCAGCUGCUCGGCCUUUUCCAGCCCGACGUCCUGCAGCCAGGCCUGGCCAGGAAUUCACUGCGUGUGGAACGCCACCCAGGAGGCCUGUCUGCCUUGGGAAAGCGACGUUAUCGGCACUGAACAGCAGCAGCAGCCCUCCUGCAACACGAGAUCAUACGGUGAUGCUGAGAGAUGUGACCAGUAUACCGACUGUUACAGCUGCACUGCCAACACCAACGGCUGCCAGUGGUGUUCGAGCCAAUGCGUGUCUCUUGGAAGUAACUGCACCUCUGCAUCGGGGGCCAUAGCAGAGUAUGAAGUUUGCCCCAAGGACAACCCGUCGUACGUGUGCAACAAGAAAACAAGCUGCAAGAGCUGUGCUGUGGACCAAAACUGUCAGUGGGAUUCUCGCAACCAAGAGUGCAUCUCGCUGCCAGAGAACGUGUGUGGUGAAAGCUGGCACCUGGUGGGCAACUCUUGUCUGAAAUUCAUCACGACCAAGGACUCGUACGAUAACGCCAAGCUGACCUGCAGGAACCACAACGCCGUCCUGGCCUCUCUGACCACACAAAAGAAGGUGGACUUUGUCCUGAAGGAGCUGCAGAUAAUGAGCGUGGUGUACAAGGCCACUGUGACGCCGUGGGUAGGGCUCAGGAAAAUCAACGUGUCCUACUGGUGCUGGGAGGACAUGUCGCCGUUCACCAACACCACCCUGCAAUGGCUGCCGGGUGAGCCAAGCGACGCCGGGUUUUGCGGCUACCUGGCCGAGCCGGCAGCCACCGGACUGAAAGCUCAAACCUGCAUAAGCCCGGUGAAUGGCAGCCUGUGCGAACGACCAGCCAACCACAGUGCCAAGCAGUGCCGGACACCCUGCGCCAUGAGAACCACCUGCAGCGAAUGCACCAGCAGCAGCAGCUCAGAGUGCAUGUGGUGCAGCAACAUGAAGCAGUGCGUCGACUCCAACGCCUAUGUAGCCUCCUUCCCCUUUGGCCAGUGUAUGGAGUGGUACACCAUGAACACUUGUCCACCGGAGAACUGUUCUGGAUACAGAACGUGCGGGCAGUGUCUGGAUCAGCCGGGCUGCGGUUGGUGCACUGACCCCAGUAACACGGGCAAAGGUCAGUGCAUCGAGGGUUCCUACCGCGGGCCCUUCCAGACCUCUGUCCCGGCCCCUUCCACCCUUCCUGGUCUGCCCGCCAAUCCUCAGCCAGCCCUCAACGCCAGCAUGUGCCCGAGCGAAUCAAAGUACAACUGGUCCUUCAUUCACUGCCCAGCUUGUCAGUGUAAUGGUCACAGCCAGUGUGUCAACGAAAGCAUCUGUGAGAAGUGCGAGGACCUGACAACCGGCCGACACUGCGAGAGCUGCAUCUCCGGCUUCUACGGAGAUCCGACCAACGGGGGCAGCUGCCAGCCCUGCAAGUGCAAUGGCCACGCAAGCAUGUGCAACCCUAACAAUGGCAAGUGCUUCUGUACCACCAAGGGCAUCAAAGGAGACAGAUGCCACCUGUGUGAAGUCGAGAACCGCUACCAAGGCAACCCCCUCAAAGGAACAUGCUAUUACACGCUCCUCAUCGACUACCAGUUCACCUUCAGCCUGUCGCAGGAAGACGACCGCUACUACACGGCCAUCAACUUUGUGGCCACACCUGAGGAGCCAAACCGAGAUCUAGACAUGUUCAUAAAUGCCUCCAAGAACUUCAAUCUGAAUGUAACCUGGGCCACCAGCUUCACCGCGGGCACCCAGGCCGGAGAGGAGAUCCCCAUCGUCUCUCGGAGCAACAUUAAAGAGUUCAAAGAAAGCUUUUCCAAUGAGAACUUUGAUUUCCGAAACAGCCCCAACAUUACUUUCUUCGUCUACGUCAGUAACUUCACGUGGCCCAUCAAGAUCCAAAUUGCCUUCUCCCAGCAUAGUAACUUCAUGGAUCUGGUGCAGUUCUUCGUCACGUUCUUCAGCUGCUUCCUGUCCCUGCUCCUGGUGGCCGCCGUAGUUUGGAAGAUCAAACAGAGCUGCUGGGCGUCACGGCGGCGAGAGCAACUGCUGAGGGAGAUGCAGCAGAUGGCCAGCCGGCCUUUUGCCACCAUCAACGUCGCCUUGGAGACUGAGGAGGAGCCGCCUGACCUCAUAGGAGGAAACGUCAAGUCCGUCCCAAAACCCAUCGCCCUCGAGCCUUGCUUUGGCAACAAAGCCGCCGUGCUCUCCAUCUUUGUACGGUUACCCAGGGGCACUGGCGGAAUCCCUCCUCCAGGACAGUCUGGUUUGGCCGUGGCCAGCGCGCUGGUCGAUGUAUCUCAGCAGAUGUGUGUGGGGUACAAGGAGAAGUCUGGCGGACUGAGGAACCGUAAACAGCAGCCCACAGCACAGCCAUCCACCUGCAUCUGACUGCAUCCCCUGUCCUCUUCUACCAUCCCAACACCAAAAGCUCUCCCAUCAGCCUCCCCCACCCUCCCCUCGCCUCAGCCCCAUCCUUCAGAGACUCCCACCAGCUCUGCUCUGGCAGGGAGAGGUGCAUGCUGGGACGCAGGACUUGAACGUUUUGGUGAAGGGGACCGAGACAUCUGGCAGACUGCAGCCUCAGAGGUCUCCCCCUUCCUGUCCUCCUACAGGAACUUUGAUGCUUGGAGUCCCCUCGAACUGAUCGACAGAAACUAGACACAGAGAGGGGGGAGGGAGGGAGGAAGGAAGGAAGGAAGGGACAGAGCAGGUGCUGACCCCUCCCCCUCAGCGAAACAUUUUACAUUUGUCGACACCACCUCGUUAGUCGAGGCGGCCACGGCUUGCUGCUAGAAGAGAUCCUUGUCUCGUAGUUUUUGACAAAACAAAAAACAAAACAAAAAAAAUCCAGAGACUUUGCGACCGUCUAUGUUCGCAUUUUAUUUAAGUUAUUGUUGUUCUUUCUUUUGUAUUGUGUUAUUUCAGAGGCAGGAACAAAACUGGACACGCUCAGUUGGACAUGCACACACAAAAACGCAUAACACACACUUCAGCAAGCCCUUGUACCCAUUUGUAGCCCAUUGUCACCUGCUGUCAUGUUCACAGCUCAGCACUGAGGGCUGUUGUCACUGGAGUCCUGCACAGUUUGGCCUCCGAGCAAGCUAACAGCAUGUUCAGUCUUCCUUUAAUGAGGAUCCACUGUAGGAGGUUGCCUGUGUAGCCAGAGCCCAUUUAAAGAGUGUGUGACAUUUCAAUCGGCCUAUGUGUCUUCUCCCGCUGCCCACUCUUGUGGCCUGUCUGGAGCUUUGUCUCUCUGUCUUUGGCCAUUUGGCUGCCGAGCCGUCCGCCGCACAAGGCAAGACCGCUGCAAUGCCUCACCCGUGCUGGCCGGCUGGCUGCUGGAUCGCCAGUGCAAUUGAAACUUUUCCAGCUAAUUACUCUUCCAGUUCUAAUGAAAGCCAAUGGCAGCAUGCAAAGCUCACUCACACACAGAGCUAGAAGUAGUGGUGGGGUGGGGGGGGGACCUCUGGCAAUUAAAAAUUGUCCUCGAAACCAUUGUGACACAGGCUUCCUAUAGAUCACGUGACUCUGACUGAAGUGAUUUGGCUGAUGUUAGUGACCGCUGCCAGGGCAACUGUUGAGCUCUGAGACUGUUGCCUAAGAAAUCCAUACCUUCUAAUUACUGCUCUCAUUUCCCAAAAUGCAAUGCAUCCCUCCUACCCCCGGGAUACCAGCAUCUCCGCCGCUCUUAUUGUGCCAUUCGAUUGCGAUCGUUCCACAUCUGUGAUCUAUCUACAACCGCCCAAUUAGCCCAUACAGCAGCGACGUCUGUGCCCUUAUCGAUGCGGCUACAGUGGAGCUGCUAAACCCCAGCGUUUAAAUGGUAAAGUGCAGUGUUUUUUUACUUUUGUUAGCAGCCAGAAUGCAUGAGUCAGUGCCUGUUUCUUUAAGAGCAUCGUUUUUUAAAAAUGGACUUUUGAAUUGGCCUCCAUGUCUCUUAUGUUGUCGUCUGGUCCCUCAGCUGCUUUUCCCUGCACUUGUCUACAGUCUACAUCUAAAAUAUCGGUCCUGCUUUUAAAGCAGCAUUACUUCAAGUGGGAAAAUGAGGGAAAAUGCAGAAUAAAAAAAUCUCAAGGCAAACACAGAAAAACUGAGAUUGGUAGAUUAAAACAGAGAUGUCACAACUAAAGCAUCAAAUUUGGGUUUGUGCCAUUUUUUGCUUUAGUUUUUCUUUCUUUGUUCAAUUUUGCAUGUAGCUAUAUAUGUAUCUUAUUGUUCACAUAUACAGGAUAUAAGUUGUACACUGCAGCACUUUUAGGCCUUCGACACAUUUGUUGGUGUAUCAACCUAUAGGAAAUAUGGUGCGUCUCCUGCAGUCUCGUAAGGUUGUAAACUUCCCGCUCUCUGGGAAGUGCAGCAAUAGAACAAUUUAAUAGUUUGCAUUCUACCCUAAAGAGCUCGUUGUGUUUAGUUCCUGGCUCUCACAUGUGCGCAGCAUACUAGAACUUCACACCGCCUGGUUAAAGGGCACACUUUUAGCACUGGGAAAAGGUCAGAACAGAAAGCAUGAACAAAGCUGACAUUCUGUAAUUAUAGAGUGCCGCGUGCGCUUGUGACUCCGCUCGGCGAGCGUCACGGCGCGGAGAAGCGGCUCCGUUCAUGCUCGUGCUUUGAGGAAUCAAAGUGCUUCACCUGCAGUCUUUAUCAAUUUUCCUCUGCUAGAAUAAAGGGUUUGUUUUUUUACCCAACAUGGGUAGUUUGAUGUUUUGUUGGGUUGUUUUUACAGAAUAAAAUAAUAUUAAUUAUUAUUAUUUAUAUUAAGCUGAGGCUCUGGAUCUUGUAGGGCGUUUUGGUAAUAACCAACUAUUAUUACAUGAAUGUGAUGAUCACAAAGAGUCCUUCUGAGUUCCACAGAGUAUUUUUAUUUAGUACUUUUUCAGUCCCUUUGAAAACACCUACCACCCUGUCUCAGAAUGAAGGAGUUCUUUCACCUCCAACCAUUUGAAGGUGGAGUUCAGUUCAAGAAACUCUGAUAAAACAUGCUAUGUUGGCCAUUGGAAGAAGAAAAUUACGCUUUGUGUGAGAUUUGGCUUAAAAGUGAGACUUUACAAUAACCUGUGAGGCAAAAGUGUGGCAGAGACACGACAGACACGCGGCUCGCAAACUCCAAUUAACCGCCAUCAAAGGUGGCGAUGUGCUCCCAACACUAAAAUGCCCGAACGGCACAUGAACUACAUCUGUCUUUCCUCUGCAGCGUCAGCAGCUCUGAGAUCUGCCAGCACCUUUGCGUUUUUGAUUUCUCUGCAGGUUAACGUUUUCACUCCGCAGCAGGCCUGUUUCUGUUUAACAUAAAACACUAGCUGUUCACGAUGCUCAAUCGCUUUACUGUACUCUCCAGUGACAAAACCUACAACGGCAGUCGUUUUCAUCAUUGCAAAUAUGAUUUUGUUGCAUUGACUCUCUCCAUACGAGUGUGGUGUACAACUGCUUCGACUGUACUGCAGUAAUAAUUUCAUAAAGAUUGUUUGUUUUGUUUUCUAUAAAUGAAUGUAAAAUCUGUGCAGCCAAGGUAAAUCUGUAAACUGUAAUUCACCGGGGACGGUUUGUCGCCACUUUCUUUCUUUGGCCGUGGGUGACAGGGCGGUGCAGUGGUUAAUGCAGACGGCAGAGGAACUGUGGGAUGAUGGGUUUAGACCAUUAAAGAGCGAGUUGUCACUUUGAAGUUUUUUUUUCCCCUUUUUUAAGAAAGACACUGAGCUUGUAAAGAAGAUGUGAGCUCUGCAUGCCCAGUCAGCCCACUGUGAUCUUCUUCUGCUUGAUGGUUCAAACGACACGGAUCCUGUGUCGGAUACUGAUGUCUUUGAGAUAAUGUUGAAUGUUUGUGUUUUUGUCUUUAACCUCUGUGCUAUGAUUGGCUUAAGAAACCCAAACGAGACUAAAGUUUUUCCAGAUUUUUGACAUGUAUAUGAAACCUGUUUAUCUGUAAACAUGUUUGUUGUCAGCAGCCUCACACCGGACUCCUACACAAGUCCCAAGCAUUCAGCAAUUAGAUAAAUUUAGAAGUAAUAUUGCAGUUUCAACAUUUAUGCAGGGCAGUUCAUCCCUGGUCCACCCACACGGCUGUUUUUAUUAAUUUUGUUUUGCCGAUCAGGCAUCUUCUCAGGACUGUGUUGGCGUGUACAGACUCCGAGUUGUGCGUUUGCACCUGUUAGGACAGGACUGACUUACAGCUAAUGGUAGGGCUGGACAGUAUGACCUGAUAUCUAAAGCAUGUCAUUACUUUUAUCACUUUAAUAAUAAAUGUAACGACAUGUUUCAUGUAUCAUUAGAGCACGAUGCCUCAUUCUUGGUCUUGGCUAAUUGCAGUUUGUCGGGUUCAUAAUUCUGGGCUUGUGGCCCAGACUGUAUGCUGUAAUUGGAUAAAUUUGGCCUGUGCGCGCAUUCAAAGCAUAUUUAGCUCUACAGAACUUGAAGAGAAGUCCAUUCAGCCAACUAAUGCUUUAAAGGCCCUACUUAGUGUGCUUCAGCCAUGCCGAGCAGCAAACUCAUUUGCACUCAGCACGGUGAAGCCACGCCCAGCUGCAGCUACUGUUGUCCAGUUAGGUCGCCCCAUGAUAACCUCAUCUCCCCCCAAUGAUGACUGAUGGACAAAAAGGUCUUGCUGUUUUUAUCUCAGCUACAUUGUGGCUACGUCCACACGUAUACGGGUAUUUUUGAAAACGGAGAUUUUCCGUUUUUGUUUUUAAAAAAAAAUC